GGAAAAUACAUCAAAUACGGAAGAAUAUUUUCAUCAACUUUCACGUUGAAGAAUAGAACAGAGAGAUACAACAUCAACCCGUAGGGGAAACAAAAUAAAAAUGGGUUGCAUUUUCUGUGGUCGUAAACCUGAGAAACGUCUUGCCGACGACGGCAAGUACUAUACGGGUGCCGAGUUCGUCCGUCACUACGGUGCUGUAGAAGCAGAAUGGCGUUGGAAAGCGGCGCCCUCGGAUUGGGAGCUUCGCAUCGGCAGCGACGGCCGUUCCCAUGACGCCAAGUGGGUCUACUGGGAUAACAAGAACAAAGGUGGUCCGGACUGGAAUCACUACAAGAACGGCUUCAAACCGGGAUGGACGACCGCGCCUAAAGUCGGAAAACACUUUCGAGCAGAAAAAUGACAAUGCUGAGGAGCAACAAGAACCACAUGUUGAGGGGCAACAAGAACCACAUGUUGAGGAGCAACCAGAGCCACAUGUGGAGGAGCAACAAGAACAACAAAAUGACAAUGUUGAGGAGCAACCAGAGAUACAACAAGUACAACAAGGAGCAGGACACCUAGGUAGUGCCUGA